CUUCACUUCAGUUCAGUUGUUCGGGAGGCGUCGAGCCGGGCAGGUACGCCGUACGGACUGUCGUGGUCGUGAUCGGUGGGGCCCCGCGCAGCGCGAGCUGAAGCCAAGCCAGGACGAGGGUCGUGGAGUGUGGAGUGCCGUGUCGUGUUCGCGAGUGUGGUGUGACCAAACAGUGCCCUGUACGCUAGUGAGUGAGUCCGGGAGGACUGUGCUGUGAACAGAGAGGCCCGGCCCGGCCAGUGUCCUGGAAUGUAAACCUGGCCGCCGCCAGCUCGCUCCUCCGCCCCGAUGGUUCGACAGGUGGACGCCGUGUCGUCGCCCCUCGCUGCCAGUUCUGUGGAUUCUACGAAGCAGCUCCCACUGGAGUAAAAUGUGGAAUGGCACGGUUUCGGAAGGGAUGUACCUAAAGUGGCAGCAUCAUGGAGCGCCCCCUCAGUGCUCUUAUAUUAGCACUUCAGAUAGUUGUGCUACUAGUCUGUUCCAAAACCACAUCUGCAGAUGUUGGACUCCGAUUUGUUCGAGCUCCAGAGCCAUUUGUUGCUCCUCCAGGUGAUGAUGUUACAUUUGAUUGCUCCCUUAAUGUUCCUGCUGAGCAGGUGAGAUGGCGCCAUAAUGGUCGCUAUCUUAAUCACACUGCUCACAAUGGCAAGCCUGAAAGUAGUAACCAGCUCAUUGUGCGAGUAAAUGAUGACCGACAAACUGGUGACUACCAGUGUGUUGCUUGGUAUGGAGCAUCAGCGUUAGCCUCAGUGCCAGCCCACCUCAGUCUAGCUCAAAUGGGAGACUUCCCCUUUGCAGUCGAUAAAGUUAUUGAAGUUUCAAAGGGGAAUACAGUUUUAAUUCAUUGCCAAUCACCCAGUAGCAAUCCACCUGCAGUCCUGCAAUAUUUUAAAGAUGAAAAAAAUCUUCCUGCAGCAUCAGUACAAGUCAUUUCAUCAACUGGCAGUUUAGUCCUUCCUAAUGUAUCUGAAAAAGAUGAAGGUGUUUAUACUUGCUCUGCAAGUAACUAUAUAACAGGAAACACCAGAACUUCACAUCAAAAAAUUUCUCUUCGUGUAACGCGGAGCACUGAACCACAACAACCCCGGUUUCCAUUUAGGCCUGAGGAUAAUUAUACAGUAUCAGCUGGGAGCAAUGUCACUUUAGAGUGUGCCGGUACUGGUUAUCCCACUCCAACUGUGACAUGGCGAAGACUGAAUGGGCCUCUUCCAAAUCAAGCUGAUCAAAUUCCCGGUGGAUUAAGAAUACUAAAUGUUGCAGCAUUAGAUAGGGGAACUUAUGUUUGCGAGUUAAAUAAUGGUGUCCAUAGAGCUGUAUCACACGUAAUUUCAUUAUUUGUUCAAGAAUCACCAACUUUGUUAUCAGAGCCUCCUAAAACAUCAUUAAAGGAAGAGGGUGAAUCUUGUCAACUAGACUGUCAAUUCCAAGGGGAGCCCCUUCCCAUUAUUACUUGGCUUUUAAAUGGAGAAUCAGUAAAUAAUGACUCCCUCAUCAAGUCUAAUGGAGGUACUCUAUUAGUUACAAGAUUAGAGAAGCGCCAUGCUGGUAUUUAUCAAUGUAUGGCUUCCAAUGCUCAGGGCACCACCUAUGGCUCUGCAAUGCUGCAAGUAAAGCCUAAACAAGUUACUGCACAGCUUGGAAGUGAUAAUAUGGCAGAGGGAGAUGAUACUGAAAUAGAAGUUCCAGGUAACUUUGGACACACAACCGUAACUUCUACCUCAAGUCAUCACCAAUCUGGGAAAAAAGAACACAGGCGAGGUGGUGGUAAGGGACGACGUAAAGAUAAGAAGCAUAAAGGAAAUGCUGUUAUGAUACCCCCGACAAAACCUCAUAUUACUCGUUUAUCAGAUGAAUCAGUAAUGGUUAGGUGGAAUGUACCUCCCAAUGAUGGAUUACCAAUUCAGUUCUUUAAAGUUCAAUACCGAGAGCUUGGUAAUGGUCAUGGUAGAGGGGGUGGUCGACGUGUUCGAGGAAACCGUUGGAUGACCAGCAAUGAGGACAUUCCACCUCACAUCAGAAGUUACGAGGUGGCCAACCUCGAACCUGAUCAUACUUACAGAUUCCGUAUUGCUGCUGUUUAUUCCAAUAAUGAUAACAAGUUGGGUCCAAAUUCAGCAAGAUUCCACCUUCAUCGUGGAUCUCCUACUCUCAAAACACACCUCAGUGCUCCAUCUCUGACUAGAACAGAAGCAGUUAGUCCAUCUGCAAUCCAGAUACACUGGCAGUAUGCUCCGUCUGCUGCUCCAGCAAUUGAAGGAUUUUAUGUCUACUAUCGAGCAACAAGUAGUGCAGGAGAUUAUGUAAAAGCCACUGUAGAGGGAGAGCAAACAAGACAAUACAUUAUCACUCAUCUCUUGCCUGAUACUCCAUAUGACAUAAAACUUCAAAGCUUUACAGUUGGAGCAGCAUCUGAUUUCAGUGCCAUCCGCACUCACAAAACCCAGCGUGAAACGACUACGCCACCUCCUCAGGUUAUACAGGCUGGACCAAGUGUCAUCACUGAUAGUGGCUCAUCACAGAGCCAGUUGUACAUGGUGCUAGGUGCUGUGCUGGGUGGCUUAGGGCUACUUCUAGCCCUCUUUCUAUUGGUAUUUUUGUGCAAUCGACAUAACCAGCAACCUCAAGAAGGUCCUCAUAAUACAUCACAUGCCCCGCAUGAAACUAUUGACCGCGAUAAGCCUAUUGAGCCAGUUGUGAAUGGGUUUGCCCUGAAUGGAAGGACAACAGGAACACUGAGUGCCAAUCAUACCAGUAUGGGUAACGGCCACCUCCAACCUAACGGACUUCUUAUGCAUGCUAACACCAUCACCAUCACUGGAAACCCACUGGAUGACAAGAAGCACACAACGAUGGAAAUGACGUUUCUGUCAAGCCACACGAACAACAACUGUUCCAUGGCACAACGGACAGCGGCAGCUGGCAGCGGUGCGCUGCUCAAGGUCCGCAGUUCUCUCAGGUCCGCCUCAGCGGCAUCGGAGGAAGAGAACGAGACGGAGCGCAUGGAGCGUGCUCCCGGCCGACCAGGCGAGAACUACGUGUGACUCUAAAGGGCCCUCAAUCAACAGCUCGCAAUGAGUUGGUUCUCUGAGAAGGUACUAAUCAUCAAAAAUGAAAGGUGAAGAGGUAACAUACUAUGUGUGAAGAACAUCUGGCAAUCAUAAAGUAGGACAGCACAGCUGUGGCAAAUACAACGAAAUCUAUUGUGAUUUUUUAUAGAAUGCCAUCUUAUUAAAUGUCUUUGUGAGUCUAGAUUAAAUCCAGAUUUAGUAUUUGUAAUAUUUCUUCUGUUUAGAAAUUGUAAGUGUGGUAUGCACCUGUUUUCUAGACAUUGAAUAGAAAAUACCACUCGGAAGUCAAGGCUGUACACAAUUCUGAAUUGUGUCAAUGUUUUCCUCACUACAGCCAAAGCAAGACUGAUUGAAAGAAACCAGCAGUUAUCAAAAGUAAUCCUGUGAUCCCUGUAGAUAUUAGAAUUAAAAUAGCUGUCUUAAAUCAACUAGCUAAUGUAUCAUAAAUGUAUAUGACUGAUAAAUACUGUACAGGCAGGAGAUAUUUUGUACAAGUUGUUUUAAGUUUUAAUUAUAUUUUUAAAGACCAAACAUUAAAGGUGUUUGACACCUUUGAUAAUGUUUUUGUUUUUAAUACUCAAGGUGCUGAAAAAAAAUUGACAGUUUUAUCAUGGGACUGACUGACAUGAGCAUUCCUUUUACUCAGUCUGGACACUCAAGUGUUGUUUACCUGUCAAGUUGUUGUCAGGUACUGUGUUUUAUUUUUAUUUCCUGUGAUCUUUUAAUUUAAGUUUUGUUAAAUUCCACAAAAAAAUGUGGAUAUUUCUGUUUUCAAUCAUGUUUUUCCUGCCCUCUACUCAUUGAAAUCUUAUGUGGCUUUGCCUUUUUUGGUUAUGUCUUAUCUUUUAAUUAUUUUUCUUUUGUAAAGUGUUAAAAUGAUAAGAGGUAUUUCUUUGUAAAGUUCUACUCAUUAUGCACAUAAAUUGCACAUGACAUUUAACUCUCAAUUAAAAGUUGUUGUAAGAUAUCUGUUAUGCGGUCUGUAAUCAGUCUCUUACAAAAAAGGAACAUGAAAUGUAAUAAACAAAUUCCGACUGAUUUUAUUACAUAA